AUGGGCAGCACUGUCUCGGCCUUAGUAUUUCAGCCGCCGCCACCAACCUACGGCUACACACGCCGCUACUUUUUUCUUGUGACGGUUAUGAACAACAGGAUCCCAGCUUUUUUUAUUCCAUACGAUAAGGCUGAAUACACUGUGCUCUUUUCGCAUGGCAACGCAGAAGAUCUUGGAAUGAUCUAUGAUUGGUUUUGUGAAGUGAGUAGAAGACUUCAGGUAAAUGUUAUGUCUUACGACUACUCUGGAUACGGCAUCAGUGAAGGUGAAGCCAGCGAAGAAGCUUGUCUUGCGGAUAGUGAAGCUGCGUUCACGUACCUCGUAAACGUGAAGAAAAUACCCCCUAGCAAAAUAAUUUUAUAUGGCAGAUCGCUUGGCUCUGGGCCAGCGACGCACCUCGCAGUGAAGCAGUCGAAUAUUGAGCAGCCUGUUGCAGGUGUAAUUCUCCAGAGUCCUGUCCUCUCAAUGUUCCGAGUCGUCUUCAAUUUUCGCUAUACAUUUCCGGGCGACUUAUUCUGCAACAGCGACAUAAUUAAUCAGGUGCGAUCGCCUGUAACUAUAAUUCACGGCACUCGAGACGAAGUAGUGCCUUUUUGGCAUGGAGAAGGAUUAUUCGAGAUGUGCUCCCAGGAAUGGAGGUGCAAGCCUCUGUGGGUCACUGAUGCUGGCCACAACAACAUCGAAGCGUAUCUUAGUGCGAUCGGCGAUGACUUUUUCCAGCACCUUAUUGAGUUUGUAGAUAUCUGUCACGUGACAGCCACACUUCGAGCCAAAGCUGCAGAUGAAGAAGCAUUUGUAUCUGAGAAAGCAAUAUAA